AAACAGAGAAACAAACUUUCACUUCAGCCCUUCAGCCGAAGCAGAACAUAGAUGGUUUUUGCAUGCCACGGAUUUUAAAGCAAGAAUGGAGAAAAUAACAUUGGAGACAUUGAGUUGCUGCUUUCAAAGUGCUCUCUAUAUAGGAAGAGGCCAGUAACAUGAGGCCACGGCUGAGAGGCCUGAUCCUCCAGGCUCUGAAAAGCUUCCGGGGUGUGUGCACAGCUCAUGGACAACUACCACCUCCACCUGUCCAUCAGGCUGUGGCCACCUGGGAAGCCAUAAGCCUUGGGAGACAGCCAGUGCCUGAGUACUUCAACUUUGCCCAUGAUGUGCUGGAUGUGUGGAGUCAGCUGGAGAAGGCUGGGCACCGGCCCACAAAUCCUGCAUUCUGGUGGGUGAAUGACACAGGAGCAGAGGUCAAGUGGACCUUUGGAGAGCUGGGGCAUCAGUCCAGGAAGGCAGCUAAUAUCCUGGUGGGUGCGUGCGACCUGCAACCUGGGGACAGAAUGAUGCUGGUGCUCCCACGGCUCCCAGAGUGGUGGCUGCUCAGUGUGGCUUGUAUGCGCACAGGUGUCGUCAUGAUCCCAGGUGUCACUCAGCUGACGGAGAAGGACCUCAAGUACCGUCUGCAGGCGUCCAGGGCCAAGUCCAUUGUUACCAGUGACUCCCUAGCUCCACAGGUGGAUGCCAUUAGUGCCGACUGCCCUGCCCUCCAAACCAAGCUGCUGGUGUCAGACAGAAGUCGGCCAGGCUGGUUGAACUUUCGGGAACUAAUGUUAAAGGCAUCUUCAGAACACAAAUGCAUGAGGACCAAGAGUAGUGACAAAUUAGUGAUCUACUUCACCAGUGGAACCACCGGGGCCCCAAAGAUGGUGGAGCACUCCCAGUGCAGUUAUGGACUUGGUUUUGUGGCCAGUGGAAGGAGGUGGGUAGCCUUGACUGAAUCUGAUAUCUUCUGGAACACUACAGACACUGGUUGGGUGAAGGCAGCCUGGACUCUUUUCUCUGCCUGGUCCAAUGGAGCUUGUGUUUUCGUCCAUGAGCUGCCUCGAGCUGAUGCCAAAGCUAUCCUGAAUAUUCUCUGUAAAUUCCCAAUAACCACCUUCUGCUGUGUCCCAACCAUCUUCCGGAUGAUCGUGCAGGAGGAUCUGACAAGGUAUCGCUUUCAAAGCCUGAAGCACUGCAUAACAGGAGGAGAGGCCCUCAACCCUGAUGUGCGGGACAAGUGGAAGUGUCAGACGGGCCUGGAGCUGCAUGAAGGCUAUGGACAGUCUGAGACAGUUGUAAUCUGUGCCAAUCCGAAAGGCUCAGCAAUCAAGUCUGGAUCCAUGGGGAGAGCAUCCCCACCUUAUGAUGUGCAGAUUGUGGAUGAUGAGGGAAACAUACUGCCUCCAGGAGAAGAGGGGAGUGUUGCUGUCCGCAUCAGACCAACCCGACCCUUCUGUUUCUUCAAUUGCUAUUUGGAUAACCCUGAGAAGACAGCAGCAUCCGAACGAGGAGACUUUUACAUCACUGGGGACCGAGCCCGCAUGGACAAGGAUGGCUACUUCUGGUUCUUGGGGAGAAAUGAUGACGUGAUAAACUCUUCAAGCUACCGGAUUGGGCCAGUUGAGGUGGAGAGUGUUCUUGCUGAGCAUCCAGCUGUCCUUGAGUCUGCUGUGGUCAGCAGCCCAGACCCCAUUCGGGGGGAGGUGGUGAAGGCAUUUGUGGUCCUUUCUCCAGAGUACUCUUCUCAUGAUCCAGAGGCACUGACCAGAACACUCCAGGAGCAUGUGAAGCAGAUGACUGCCCCAUACAAGUAUCCCAGGAAGGUAGCUUUUGUUUCGGAACUGCCAAAGACCGUGUCUGGAAAGAUCCAAAGGAGUAUACUGAGAAAACAAGAGUGGGGGAGAUGAGCUAUGAUCUAGGAAGAUUCCAUAGUCCUCUGAAGGUUCCAAGAAGAAACAGCUGGUGAGCCCCUGAAGGGAGCACCACCCCUUUAGCUCACAGGCAUCAAAGAUACUCAGCUUCCAUGUGGCAUCGUGGGAUCAUCCUAGAAAAUAUCAAUAACAUCACUGGGUCCGAGCAAACAGCCACUUUCCAGCUUAGCAAAUGCCCCGAUAUUUAAAUCCCUCUCUGUCUGGAGGCAUCCUCAACCUCUGCCCACUAGUCUCAUUAAGAUUUUGCGCCUGUCCCUUGGAAAGACAGAUCACCAUAGCCUUGGAGUACUCAUGUCUCAUUCUCUGCCAGUUGGCAUAAAGGCUUGACUCUUUAGAUGAAGCCAUAUUUGGAAACAGCAUUAACAUAAAACUGGCAUACCCUUUGCUUCUAAAUCCCAUAUUUGGAAAUCAUGGUAAAAGAAAAAUAUUCAAAAUGUAGAAAAUGUCUGAUGGAAAAAGAUACUCAGCCACCAUUAUUUAAAAAUAAAAUGAAAAUCAGAAAAAAAUUUUAAAAAUGAGAAAAUGAUUAAGUUGAUUAACUUUGCCUGUUGUGUGGCUAUUAAAAUAAUUAAUAAUAGUUUAUCAUGCCUUGGCAAAAAUAAAAGCUAUAUUAAGUUUUUAAAAAUAUAUGGAGAGAAAAUAAUUUUCCUACUGGAUAAUUAUAGAUCUGAAAACAAAAAGCACUAAAAACAAUGGCAGUAAUUGUACUGGGAAUUGAGAAGGGAGGGAAAAUAAUAAUGGUCAUUGUUUUUCUUGUCUCUAUACAUGUCUAUUUUCUUAAUAAAUGGAUACAACUAUUUUAAUGAACAAA